ACAGGAGCAAAUACACGAUGCUGGAGAAAUUACUGAUGCCACAUUCCCAAAGGAUAACAUCAAAGACCAACUCACCACAUUAAAUAUCUUCAAUGAGAUGAACCAGAGUUAUGAGAGCAGGAAAAAGCUCAAUAAGCCAAUAGUGCCUUUCAUUGGUCUUACUGAAAGUAAAACGCUGAACCGGGAUUGCUGUCAAAAUGGAGGAACUUGCAUCCUGGGCAGCUUCUGUGCAUGCCCCCAACACUUCACUGGCAGAUACUGUGAAUAUGAUCAAAGAAAGAGCAACUGUGGCGUGUUCAAACAUGGACAAUGGAUACGAAAGAGUUGCCAUCUUUGCCGGUGUGCUUUUGGCAAACUGCACUGUCUAUCGCCGCAAAACUGUGCUGUAAGCGAGGAAGAGGAAUGGAUCCAUUUACUUUCAAAUGGCCAAAGAUUAAAGAAAACAGUGGGCUGCUUCUUCCUAAGCUGUUUCUUUGCACUCUGCGGACUACUCUACCUGUUGUGAAAACUCUUUAAGACUAGUAUGCAUAACCAUGAUUUGGCUUAUGACGAUGCUUGCCCUUCAAAAGAAGGAAGGCUAAAGGUUAAAACAAAGGACAGUUGGCUGC